CACCUAAGUUCAGGCGAAGCAUUCGAGAACAAGCAGCUUUCACAUCGCCUCUAUUACAUCCAAAGAAACUGCCGCCCGCCGAUCAUGCCGCUCCUAAAAGUCACCCGCCCAUCCGACCUGUGCUGGCAGAUCAGCUUUGACAGCGCCCCGGACAACCGUCUGACGGACGACAUGUUUGCGCAGUUGGCCGCCGCGAUGGAUCAGGUCGAAUACGAGUGGAGGUCGCAGAACAAAUGGGAAGGCUUCUUUGACAAGAAGAGAAAGGGAGGAGCCUUGAUCCUCACGAGCGAGAUCACCAAGUUCUUCAGUAACGGGUUGGAUUUCGAGAACUCUAUCAAGAACCCCAGGUUUCAUCUGGACAUCUUCUCGCCCGUCGCCGUACGGCUCUUGACCUUCCCCCUGGUAACCAUCGCUGCUAUCAACGGACACGCGUUCGCCGGAGGAUUCCUCCUGGCCUUGUGCUGCGACUACAGGUUGAUGACGGACGGGAAAGCUUGGUGCUGCAUGAACGAGGUCGACUUUGGCGCCCCCUUCCCUCCCUUCUUCUCCAGCCUCCUCUCUACGAAACUCCGUUCCUCCCCCAACCUCCUCCGAGAAGUCUCCCUUGCCAAACGAUUCACCGCCCCAGAACUACACAAAGCAGGGGUCGUCGAUGAGAUCGUACCCACUGCAAAGCUUAGGGGCAGGGCUAUCGAGUUUGGGAACGAGAUCGGGUUGAAAUCGGCGCAGGGUCCUUGGGGGUUGAUCAAGGAAGAACUCUACUACGACUGCUUGCAACACGCGAAACGAACCGAUGGACCCGUCAUGCCCCAUAUCGCCGCCAAGGCGUUCUUUGACAGGGUCGGUAAGAAGUACGAGGGCAAGGUCGAGGCCAAGUUGUAGAAAACUAAAGUGGCCACCUGUAGUAGACUGAAGUGCUUUUUCGCUUCACCCGAGUUCGAGGCAUUUGUGAUGAACCUGUUGAUGUACGAUGUAUAAAUUGUGGGAA